UGCUGACGUGUAGCGGGUCUUCGCCACUACGCGCAUGCGCAGAGGCAGCAAAAUAGCCGAGGCCGGUGCCGGGAGUUUGACGUGGCACUCCCGUUAGGCUCGCCUCCCCUUCCCUAGUAGUCAGGACGCUCGGUUUCAUCUCUACCUUACAGGAUGAGCCAGCAGGGUUAUGUUGCUACACCACCAUACUCGCAGGCCCAGGCAGGAAUGGGGGGAUACCCCACUGCAUUGGGUGCUCCCUCUCCUCAAUCCCAUUACGGGCACUACGGAGCUCCACCACAGUCCUUCCCUCCACCACCAACAGCUGCCUCCUGUCCUACUGGGAUGCCUCUACAACCUGCGCCAAGCCAGUAUGGAUCUCCGAUUCAACAAAAUGGCGCACACUCACAGAAGUAUCCUCAACCCCCUCAGGCAGUCUCUGCACCUGCCAUGUCUCCUUAUGGACAGCCCCCUCAAAGACCAUACCACAGCAUGUCUCCAGCCACGCAUCCAGCCAAACAAAUAACAAAUCAGAUGAGUGCUAUGAACCUUGAUGGAUAUGCCCAAAGCCCCAUGCAGCUUCCUCAGUCUUUAGCAGCACCACAGCCUUUCCAAAUGUCUCCACCACCAACAAUGGGACAUCCACCAAUGUCUCCUCCAGGGACUCAACCUCUUUCUAUGGGUACAUGUCCACCAAUGGUAGCUAGUCCACCCAUGAGUGCAACAGGGCCUCCGCCAAUGGGACUGUCUAAUUCAACACCUCACCCUCCUUCAUUGGGUGGACCUGGAUUUCAACAGCCACCAGCACCUCAGGGAUUUCCACCUCAGCAGACAGGAUUAUAUGGAGGACAGAUGCCAGGGUCACUGAUGGCAGGGCCACAGCCAGGCGCUUUCCCAGGAGGCUUUCCAGGAGGAGCUGCUAACAUGGCAGGACCUCCUCAGAAGAAACUCGAUCCAGACUCCAUCCCAAGCACAACACAAGUGAUUGAAAGUGACCAGGCUAGGAGAGGUGAGCAGGUCUACAUCACAAAUCUGAGGGGUCAAGUGCCACUUGUCACCACCAAUUUCACUGUACAAGAUCAAGGAAAUGCUAGCCCAAGGUUCAUGCGAUGCACUACCUACUCAUUUCCCUGUACCUCCGACCUUGCAAAGCAGUGGCAAGUGCCUUUGGCUGCCAUCAUCAAACCAUUUGCCACAGUGCCCAAAAAUGAAACUCCUCUAUACAUAGUAAAUCAUGGCGAGGCAGGACCUAUACGCUGUAACCGCUGUAAGGCCUACAUGUGCCCCUUUAUGCUUUUCAUCGACGGUGGAAGACGUUUCCAGUGUGCCUUCUGCAGCUGUGUUAAUGAGGUUCCUGCCCAGUAUUUUCAGCACCUGGACCAUAUGGGCCGAAGAGUGGAUGUGUUUGAAAGACCAGAGCUGUCACUGGGUUCUUAUGAGUUUGCUGCUACGCUGGAUUACUGCAAGAACAAUAAGCCUCCCAAUCCUCCUGCUUAUAUCUUUAUGAUUGAUGUUUCCUACAACAACAUAAAGAGUGGACUUGUCAAACUGAUAUGUGAGGAACUAAAGACCCUGCUGGAGCACCUUCCAAAAGAGGAGGGAGCUGAGAGCUCAGCCAUCAGAGUGGGUUUUGUCACCUACAACAAGAUCCUGCACUUCUUCAAUGUGAACAGUGCACUAGCUCAGCCCCAGAUGAUGGUGGUCUCUGAUGUGGCAGAAAUGUUCGUACCCCUUCUGGAUGGAUUCCUGGUCAGCUUUCAGGAAUCACGAAGUGUCAUCAACAAUUUGUUGAGCCAAAUCCCUGAAAUGUUUGCUGACACAAAUGAGAGCGAAACUGUUUUUGCCCCAGUUAUUCAAGCUGGAAUGGAAGCACUGAAGGCUGCUGAAUGCAGUGGAAAGCUUUUUAUCUUCCACUCCUCCCUCCCAACUGCAGAAGCACCCGGAAAGCUGAAGAACAGAGACGACAGGAAGCUGGUGAACACCGAGAAAGAAAAGACUCUGUUUCAGCCACAGCGUGGUGUAUAUGAGCAGCUGACUAAAGAGUGUGUGAGUCAGGGAUGCUGCGUGGACCUCUUCUUGUUCCCUAACCAGUAUGUGGACUUGGCCACUAUGGGUGACAUUCCAACACACACUGGCGGCUCAGUUUACAAAUACAGCAACUUCCAGGUUCAGACAGACAGUCAGCAUUUCCUCAAAGAUCUGAGACGAGAUGUGGAGAAGUCCAUCGGAUUUGAUGCUAUAAUGCGUGUUCGCACCAACACAGGAUUUAGGGCCACAGACUUCUUUGGUGCCAUCUAUAUGAACACAACUACAGAUGUGGAGAUGCCUGCAGUGGACUGUGACAAAGCAGUUACAGUGGAGUUUAAACAUGAUGACACACUCAGUGAGGAGGCCGGGGCACUUAUACAGUGUGCUGUGCUGUACACCUCUAUCAGUGGUCAGAGACGGCUGCGCAUUCACAAUCUCGGUCUGAACUGCAGCUCGCAACUAAGUGAGCUGUACAAGAGCUGUGAGACUGAUGCUCUCAUUAACUUCUUUGCCAAGUCAGCAUACCACACUAUUCUAAGUCAACCAGUGCGAACCGUGAGAGAGAUUUUGGUGAGGCAGACUGCUCAUAUGCUGGCCUGCUAUAGGAAGAACUGUGCUACAUCUUCUGCCUCAAGUCAGCUGAUCCUACCUGAUGCUAUGAAAGUGUUCCCAGUCUACAUGAACAGCCUGUUGAAGACUCCAGUUCUGGUGGGAAGCACUGAACUCACUACAGAUGAUAGGGCUUUCCACAGACUCAGUAUGAUGUCUAUGGGAGUGGAAGAGAGCCAGGUCCUGCUAUACCCACAGCUCAUUCCAGUGCACUCCAUGGAUGUGGCAAGUGAUUCGAUUCCGGCAGCAGUGCGCUGCUCUGAAGAGCGUUUGAGCGAGACCGGUGCGUUUUUACUGGAGAACGGUCAGUCCAUGUUUCUGUGGCUGGGCCAGGCCUGUUCUCCUGAAAUCAUCCAGAACCUCUUCAAUGUGCCCUCCAUGGCCCACCUCAGUUCAGACACGAUGACAUUGCCAGAACUAGAUAAUGCCCACUCUAGGAAGCUUCACUCCAUCAUUUGUGCCAUCUUCCAGCAGCGGUGCAAGUCCAUGAAGAUGGUGAUUGUGAAGCAGAAAGACAGAUCAGAACUGCUCUUCCGCCAGCUCCUAGUGGAGGAUAAAGGCCUGCAUGGAGGAACUUCGUAUUUGGAAUUCUUGUGCUCUGUUCACCGUGAGAUUAGGCAGCUCCUGUCCUAACAUACAGUACACAGACUCAUAUACAGUCACCGGCCACUUUAUUAGGAAUGUCUGGACACCUGAUCGAUUAAUCAGCCAGUCAUAUGUCAGCAACACAAUGCACAAAAUCAUUAAAAAAUAAACAAUUGUUUUGAGCUUACAAUAAUAAUUAAGACCACUAAAAUGUUUACGCUAAAAUGAGCAGAAAAAUAGCACACCAAACAACAUACCAAACAUUGAAGAGGGUGCGCUACAACUGCAGAUCACCACAUCGGGUUUCACUCCUGCCAAACAAGAGCAGGAAUCUGAGACUGCAGCUGGCAGUGGCUCACUGAAACUGUUCAUUUAAAGAUUGUGAAAAACUUUGCUUAGCCUGAUAAAUGAGCAGAUGGAAGAUUUAGAAAUUGUCAUCAAGAGCAUGAAUUUGAAGACCUAGCUUGUGUUGUGUCAACAGUCCAGGCUGCUGCUGUUGGUGUAAAUAGUGUGCCGGGUAUUUUAUUGCCACCAUUUGGGCCACUUAAUAUCAUUCAAACAUCAUUUAAAAGCCACAGCUUAUCUUCUAUUGUUGACCACAUACAUCCCAUUAUAGCCUGAAUUGGUCUUACAUGAGAAUGAACUCAUAAAGGCUACUUUCAGUAUGAUAACAUGAUAAAGGAUGGUGUUCCUAAUAAAGUGGUUGGUAAGUGUAUAGUCAGGCAGCACACACAAACUUCUUACUCUUUCCAGAGCUGCCUUUCAGUGACUGUACACCAUCAGGACUUCACAAGUGUUCUUAUUUUUUUUUCUCUUAAAAUUCUAGUUUGGGAUUAAGCUUGGCUUGCUUGUAUGUAAUGGUAUGUUAUUGUUUCUAAAAAUAUUAAAGGAAAACAUUUACUCAG